AUGUCCAUCCAGUUGUGGGAAAAUUCUUCGGCCAGUCAGCAGUAUGAAAUCGUGCAAGCAAAGGCGUUCAAAAGCUUCCUGGCACUCUCAUCCUGCAUUAUCUUCCUUUACAUUAAUGUUGUUAUGCUGUUCACUUUGAGAAGCAAGCCAGUGUUCAGUCAAACUCCCCGCUACAUCCUGCUGUACAACCUCCUCUUCGCAGACACCAUCCAGCUGGCACUGGGCCAGUUACUUUACAUCCUGGCAGCAGCCAGAGUGUACAUGGUACGCUAUGUCUGCCUAAUCAUCACCACGAUUACAAUAAUCACCACUGGCAUUUCUCCCCUCAACCUUGCUGUCAUGUCAUUGGAGCGCUACGUGGCGGUCUGCUAUCCACUGAGGCAUGCUAGCAUCAUCACCAUCAGAGGCACCACCACUGCUGUUGCUGUCAUAUGGGCCAUCUGCUUGGUAAAACAGCUAAUAAGCCUCUUAACGCUGCUCUUCCUGGAGACCAUGCCCUUACACAAUUUAAUGCAGGGUUUCUGUGCAAAGCAUGCCAUUUACCACCAGAAGAUUUUGGAAGACUUUGACAGCGGCUUCAUGUACACUGUGUUUGUGUUUGUGGGCGUGGUCAUCAUCUGCUCAUAUUUUGGUGUGAUCAUCUCGGCGAGGUCCGCCUCGACAGGCAAAGCCUCAGCUAACAAAGCUCUUAAGACAGUCCUGUUGCACAUGUUCCAGCUGGUUCUGACUCUUCUGUCCACCCUGGUCACCAGCAUAAUAGCGGCCCUCCACGGAAAAGUCGAUCAAAUCACUAUUACACGCAUGUACUAUGUUUUCUUUGUCUUCCUUGUCAAUUUACCCAGAAGCCUCAGCUGCCUGAUAUAUGGCCUAAGAGACCAAACCAUCAGAUCCCUCCUUGUCCAGCACCUAUGCUUCUGCCUCAGACACCACAUGAUGCCUGCUGGACAUUUGAAUAAGCACUGA